AUGUUCAAAGCCCUCAUGGGCGGGGGCCGGUCGUCCUCCGACGUCCAAAGCACCACCAGCUCCAAGAACAGCCGUCGCAAGUCCCAGUCCAAGUCUGCACACAGCCGCAAGUCCUCACGGGGUGACGACCGUGAUCGCGGCCUGGGCGACUUGACUUCGUACGAGCCGUCGACCUCAGGAAGGAGCCGUGGUGCCCCCAGCAUCGCCAGCGACUCCGUCGCAUCCUUCGUAUCCGCCAAGCCCGAGUCCGCUGACAACCCCGGCCGAAUCGAGCGCACUCCCAAGCGCAGGGACAGUGACCGGGAAAGCAAGAGCUCUCGUCGUCGUGAUCGCGACCGUUCAGAAAGCCGCGAGCGAGACCGUGAACGGAGGAGUCGAGGAACCGAUGACAGAAUCGACGAUGACGAUGAUCAGAAGCGCGACCGUCGCGAGCGUCGGCGCACUCGGUCUGGAGACCUAUACAUGCCCACGAUGCCCUCGAGUGCCCCUGGUGCGCAGUUUGCCACCGACGUCGCUGCGCCCGGCUUCUCGCAGUUUCCCGGCCAGUAUGCCAGUGGGAUGCCGCCGGCGCCCUUCUCGCCUGCCCACGAGUCGACGCCAUCACCCUACGACCCCCAUGUACAACAGCAAUUCCCAGGCCAAUUCCCGACCGUCAUUGCGGAACCAUAUCUUCCCAAUCCUGCUGGCGCUGCCGCAGACUAUUACGGUGACCAGGGACAGUCGGUGCAAGAUCAGCCCGGUGUGCGACCGCCUGAACCGCUGGUGAUCCCUCCCAGCCAAGCACACCUGCAGGCCGCAUCGCCGAAUUCCAAUCCUCCGCCGGAGCCGAGCAGUAUGGGCCAGGUCGGUGCCGCCGCGGCGUAUUUUGCAGACACAAACCCAGUCGAGUCGCAAUCCAUUCCGUCUAAGCCUUCUAAGCCAUCCAACCCAUCGAAGCCUUCAAAGCCCAGCAAGCCUUCUGUCUCUGGUGCAGUUCCCGCGGCAGCAGCGGCCGGCGCUGUCGGGUAUGGCUUGGGUAAUACCAUGUCAUCCUAUGAAGAGAUUCAGUCCCAGCACUCUACGACUGCAUACCAACAACAACAGUCUUCUUCAUACUCGCGGCCGCCCGGCGCAUCUAGUACCAGCAAGCCUCCUAAACCCGGAUAUGGUGUUGGCACUGGCAUUGGCGCUGCCGCGGCAGGUGCAGCGGCAGGAUACAUGCUUGGCCACCAACAUCACUCUUCCAGCCCCGAGAACUCGUCGCAGUACACCUUCCAGAACUACGAGCAAUCCUCCCAGACCGGACUUCCUCUGCAUGGGUCCGGGGCCAAUAAUGCCAUGAUGGCUGCUGGCGCUGCUGGCGCUGCGGGAUAUGCUGGCCACCAUGCUCACUCACACUCUCACCCCAUUCCCCACCGUCCUGGUUAUUACCCAUACGCACCCGGCGGUCUUGCUUACCAGCAACGCCAUCGGGGUCCUCUCUCGAAAUUUGUGGACUUCUGGCGUGACCCGGAAGGCGUGGGACGCUUCGAGGAUUACACUGAGACCAUUGGCGUCUGCAAGUACUGUUUCGACCCGCACUCUAGCUCGAUUGACGCGCCUCGCAAGCAUCACUACCAUCGACGUCGACACUCUGCCGACCGCUAUAGUGCUAGCAGUUCUUCUCGAGUGAGCAAACUCAGUCGAUACCAUUCUUCAGAAGACGAAAGCCGGCGCAAGCGAUCGAAGAAGUCGUCCUCAUGGCUACCUGGGAUGCUGGCAGGCUAUGCCGCCAAGUCGAUUUUCUCUGGCAAAGAUUUCAACGACUCGUACAAUUUGCGUUCUGGUCGCAUGGCGGGUGAUCGUGCCUCAUCCUACGAUGGAGAUGACAUGUCGGAUCGCAGAAGCUAUACAUCUCGUGGUGUGGUUCGCCGAACCGACCGCAGCCCCCAGCGAGAGUAUUAUUCCGACAGCAAGCAUUCCCGACGGGCACGCUCGCGGUCCUCUUCUCGGUCUGGCCACCAUUCUUUCAUGAAGGAGGCCGCGCUGGGUGCGGCAGUUGGCGGUGCAGCGCUCGCAGUCUCCAAGUCUCACCAGCGAAGUCGUAGUCGCUCUCCCUCGCGAGCUCAGCGACGCAAAGAAUCAUCUUCCAGCUCAUCAUUCGUGGAUGUCUCUCGUCCUGCUGCCAAGUCUGUUGGUGGCUUCACCUCUUUCUUCACAUCCACCUCCGAGAACCAGAAAAAGAAGCACGAGAAAAAGAAGGGGAGCAGCAAGAAGAAGAGGCGAGGAUUUUUCUCUUUCAGUAGCUCGUCUUCUUCCUCGCUUGACAAUGAUCUUGCCUUUGGUACUGGUUUCUCGAAAAAGUCCAAGUCCAAGAAGGAGAAGAAGAGCAAGAAGGACGAAGAUGUGAAUGCAGCACUGAUGGGUCUGGGUGCUACAGCUACAGCUCUCGCUGCCUCAUCGAGUGGUCGCGGCCGUAGUACCGGUCAGAUGUUGAGUUCCAGGGAUCCUCGCUCUCGCCAUUCCAACUACAACUCUUCUGCCAAUGAGGAUGAUGAGUGGAUUGACGCCGACUCUUCUGAUGAAUCUCCUUCCAGUGUCAGCUCCGCUCUGGCUUUCGGUGGUAGCAGUGCUGAUUCGAGCUCUGAUUCCGGCCGCAGCCGCAAAAGAUGGAGCUGGGGCUGGAGAAGCAGCAAGAAAGACAAGAAGAAGGAUAAGAAGUCUGCUGCUCUUGCUGCCGGUGCUGGUGCUCUUGGGGGUGCCGCUAUUGCUUCUGUCGCUCGCCAUCGCGACAGCCGUCCCCCCAGCGAGGCCGGUAGUCUCCAGCAAGUCUAUCCCAUGCCCACCUCUGACCCUUCUCGCUUCGAUGCCGCCAAAGUGUCGACCUCUGUUGCUUCCGAUGGCCAGCCUCCUUUGGUGCGCCCUGGCCCGAUUCCUCUGCAGCAGCCUCAGCCGGUCACUCCUGUUUCUCAAUCUGUCUACACGACCCAGGGUGGUUUUCCUAGCUCUAUUCCUGCAUACAGUGCACCGGUCGUUCCUCCGAUCUUUGCCAAUGAGUACGAUCAGUAUGACCCCCGGUUCCAGCCUCAGGCAUCCCGGGAUGCUGUUUGGAGCCAGGACGACGUUGAGCGCCGCAAGCCUCGCCGAAGUGACUCGUCUCCGGUCUUCCCUACUCAAGAGAACCAAUCUGUCUCCAGUCUCAAGCGUCGUUCUACAGCCAAAGAUCAAGCCUCUGUGUCUUUCAAUCUGACCGAGGAGCAGGCGGAGCGUGAACGUCGACUGAACCGUCUUGAUCAGAGAUCCCGGGAAGAGGAUGACUCUGUUCAGCUGAUUGACCGCGAAGAAGAAGAAGAAGCUCGUCGCGAUGCCGAGCGCCGUGGUAGCGAAAGAGUAAAAAAGGAGAGUUCAUCCUCGUCAUGGGUUGAAGCGGCGGCUGCUGGUGCUAUUGGUGCCGCCGCUGUCAGCGCUAUUUCCCACGCUUCUCACGAGGGCGACGACGCCUCUGAAACUAGCUCUCGACGCUACAAGUCACGCCGUGACAAACGCCGCGCUGAUAGACAACAGCCCGGAGGCAUCGAAUCAUCCACUAUUUCCAGUGUCGUGGAGCCUGUCGAGGUCCGCGAUAAACCAAGCAAGCGUUCAACCCGCAAAGCCACCUCUCCUUCUCCCGUGUAUGAUGACUAUGCCGAAUUCUAUGCCCCUGCCGAAAUCCGCCACAGCCCCGACGAACAGACGCGAGAUCGCGACGUUCCUGAACAACCUUCUAUCGUCGAAGUGAUGCCCGCCAACGUCCGCAAGGCCCGCGGCGAAUUACGUGAAGAAGAAAUGUCCCGAUUUGGCCAAGAGCCUUAUGAAAAUCAUGACCAUUUGCCGUGGCCGGUUCCACGCCUUAAUUACAUCGACCCUACCCCUCCUCACAGUGUGAACGGAUCUGCCCUGGGUAUUUCGGGUCCAACCUCUGCCGCCCGGGCCCCGGAAACCGACCAGCUUGUCGAGUACGUUGAGCCUGACAAGCACGUCGAACAUGCUGAGCAUGUUGAACCUCCUGAGCCAGUCGAGCGCAAACAGCGUGAGCGCCCGUCCACCGGUUCCCGUGUCUCUUGGGGCGAGCAUUCGACUCACGAGUAUGAGGUGCCUUCUUCGUCUGAUCAAGAUCCGCUCGAGCAUGAUAUCUCCCCGCUCGAUGACAAGGAACUGCCCAUGCGCAAGCCGGAACAGUCCAAUUCAAGGGAUAUUGGGUCAGCACCUUCCUACGGAGAAGAUAUUGAAUUCGCAGCCAUCGUCGCGGCCGGUACUGAAGCGGCCGGCUUCGACCCUUCAUUCGUGAUUAACGAUCCGAAAUAUCACACUCGAACUUCUCCCCCCGGCUCCGAGGAUGAGGGUAUUUUCUCUCCUCACUAUCAACCCCAGCAACCUCACGGAUUCGUGGAAGGCGAAAUAGACAUCGACGAGCCUAGCCAAUCCAGAGAAAUCACUCCAUCCGUCAAGCAUGUUGAAGAAAAGCCAAUCUAUGCUGAGCCUGAACCCCUGACUGAACAAGAAGAUGUCACGUCAUUCCCAACUCCCGAGCGCGGCUCCAUUGCUCAGGAGGUCAUCGAAACAUUGAAUGGUAAGGGCAAGCAGCGACCUGAAUCUCUGGAGGAUCAUGAGGUCUUCUCUAUGCCUGGCGGGUUUGAGACUGCUCCUGAGCCUCGUGAUGAUUCCCGCUCGGUCUCCUCUGCUCCUGUUGGCAAGGAUUACGAGAGAAAGAAGUCUCGUCGCAGUGAUGAUGAUUUUGAGCUGUCGCAUGAGGUGCGUUUUCGGGCUGAGGAGGUUCCUGCUACUUCUUCGCAUGAUGUUUCGCUUUCUCAUGAUGAUUCUCGCUCUGUGUUCUCUGCUCCGCCUGAAAGGGGGAAUAAGAAGGAGAAGGAGUCUAGAAAGUCUCGUCGCGGUAGGGACGAUUUCGACUUUUCUCAUACUACUUCCUCUCGAGACGUCUCGCCUUCUCGCAGUGAUUCACGUUCCGUCUUCUCUGCUCCUGCUGAGAGAGAAUACGAACAGUCAUCCAAGUCCAGGAAGUCCCAUCGCAGUGGCGAUGAUUUUGAUCUGCAUCUCAAUAUCCCAGCCAACGUGGCGUCCCCUGCCCCCUCAGACGGCGAGGCUGGCGAUGGCGAGAAGAAACGGCGCAAGCGUCGUUCCAAGCGUGAUAGCGACACUUUCUCUGUUGAUGACGAUGCUCGUUCGGCUGUUACCUCCUACGAGGAUGCGGACAAGUCUGAACGUCGCAAGCACCGCCACCGCUCCUCUCGAGAGCGUGACCUCGAUGAUACCGCUUCAGUCACCUCUUCUCCCGCAUGGAUUGAUGAGACUCGUGAGAAGAGGAAGAGCAGAGAAGACAAGGAGAGGGAUGAUGAUGCUCGAUCCGCCGUGACUUCCUAUGAUGAUGAUGCAGACAAGACUGAACGCCGCAAGCACCGUCAUCGUUCGUCUCGGGAACGCGACUUUGACGACAAAGCUUCGGUGACUUCUUCACCCGCACGCAUCGACGAGACCCGCGAAAAGCGCAAGAGCAAGGAUGACAAAGAACCGAGCUCUGGCAGUUUCUUGCGAAACAUCUUUGGCUCGCGGGUCUCGGCACCUGCCGACGACCGCAAUCGUUCCACGACCUCUCUAGAGAAGCGAUCAUCUCGGGAGACUAUAUCGGAAGUCGGCUUUGAUGACGAAAGGCGUCGACGCAAGAAGCGCUCUUCCAAGUCACGCAGCUCCAGCGGAGGAGAUAGUCUUUAUGGAUCUGACAAUGCGGAUGAAACCAAUCUGGAAGAGUAUCGAUCGCGUCGACAAGAGAAGGAAGAACGUCGUCGUCAUCGGUACGAGGAAAUCGUCGAGUCCGGAAAACGUCGGGAUUAUGAGAAGGUAUAG